AUGAUUUCAGUCAACCUACCCGCCAAACACGCAUUAUCAGGCCUUACCACGUAUCAAUCCCGUCAUCUCAUUCUAGCUACCAGUGAUUUCACCCGACUCUUUGCGUUCACAUCUAUCUAUCUAUCUAUCUAUCUAUCUAUCUAUCUAUCUAUCUAUCUAUCUAUCUAUCUCAUGUUACCAUUGCACCUUACCACCAACAUGCGUGCACACCUAACUGGCGAUGUUGGGCCCGCCGAAUCUUCGAAUUCAUUAUUAGCCCUUGGCGAAGGUAUUAUUCCAGCGAACACUAAUGAAUUUGUAAACAUCCAAGGGUUGUCUACAGUGGUCACAACGCCAGCAACACUCAGGAAAUCAGUUUUUCCUGAUCUUCAAACCAACUACAACAAUAUUGAGUGGCUUGCUAGGCGGGCCAUUCUUGCCCCCAAAAAUACCACUGUGACAACCCUUAAUAGACAGCUUCUGGAAACUGUGCCAGGGGUGUUGCACGUUUACAAAUCCACUGACAGAACUCCAGACCCCGCUGAAAUGGCGAACUUUCCAGUGGAGUUCUUAAACAGCCUCCACCCCGCUGGUCUCCCUCCUCACAUUCUGGAACUUAAAGUGGAGAUCCCGGUUAUAUUGCUUAGAAACCUACGUCCAUCGAAACUCUGUAAUGGGAUCAGGAUGGCUAUUCAGGCCGUCCACCCAAACAUUAUUGAGGCCAAAAUUAUAACUGGCUGCGGUAAAGGGGAGCAAGUGCUUAUCCCAAGGAUGCAUUUUUAUCCAUCAGAUGCCGACGUACCCUUCACUUUCAGAAGAUCUCAAUUCCCAGUCGCACCCUGUUUUGCUAUGACAAUUAAUAAGGCCCAAAGAAAAACGCUGUCUGUCACUGGUGUACACUUAGAGGAGCAGUGCUUCUCACACGGCCAACUUUACGUAGCCUUCUCUCGAGUCGGCAGGCGCGAGGAUGUGUUCCUUUAUUCACCCUUGCAAAAAGCUAAAAAUGUGGUCUACGCUGAAGUCCUCAGCCAGUGA